ACCUCAACGGUAAGGAGAGGCAGUGGAGACCAAUCCUCUAAGAUGUUCAUUUGGACCAGUGGCCGGAGCUCCACGUCAUACAGGCAUGAUGAGAGAAGAAAUAUUUACCAAAAAAUCAGGGAUCAUGAUCUACUGGACAAAAGGAAAACAGUCACCGCUCUCAAAGCAGGAGAGGACCGGGCCAUACUCCUGGGACUGACCAUGAUGGUGUGCUCCAUUAUGAUGUACUUCCUCCUGGGCAUCACCCUGCUGAGAUCAUACAUGCAAAGUGUUUGGACAGAAGAGACUCAGUGCACACUCCUCAACAUCUCCAUCACGGAAACCUUUAACUGCUCGUUCAGCUGUGGCCCGGAGUGCUCGAAAAACUCUCAAUACCCCUGCUUACAAGUCUAUGUCAAUGUUUCCUCUUCAGGGCAAAAGUACCUACUUUACCACACAGAAGAGACCAUCAAGAUUAAUUCUGAGUGUUCUUAUAUACCCAAGUGUGGAAAGAACUUUGAAGAGUCUUUGUCCCUUGUGAAUGUCGUCAUGGAAAACUUCAAGAAGUAUCAACACUUUACCUGUUUCUGUGACCCAGAAGGCAUUCAAAAGAAUGUGUUGCUUACCAAACUUUACAGUUCCAAUGUGCUUUUCCACUCACUCUUUUGGCCAACAUGUAUGAUGAUAGGUGGACUUGUCAUUGUUGCCAUGGUCAAGUUGACCCAAUACUUGUCUCUUCUUUGUGAAAGGAUCCAACGGAUCAACAGAUAG